AUGGGCUACUUCUACAACUGUCGAGUCCGCGAUGAUGCUGGCCAGGUCCGUCGUCCAACUGGUUACGAACGAGUCGACAUUUCCUUCAAUCGGACGGUGAGAGUGCCCGACAACUCGGGGAAGUCCAGCCUGCCUCCAAAUUUGGAGGUGGUUGCGAGGGGCGGAAUGUUCUUGCCGAUAGCGGGAAGCAUAUGGAUCAACUUCACUGUCAAUUCGCCCUUCACCAUCAAAGUUUAUCCGGGUUCCGUUAAUGCAUUCGCGGGCGAACCGGCUGCCGAGGAGUUCUUUACAAAACAGCGCCGCCAAGUCCUUAGGUCUCAAGGAAAGAUCAUUCAAGAAUACAUUAUCUUCCCGGGUUCGCGUUGGCUAGACGGGAUUGCGUCUAGCAGUGGUGUAGUCAAGCAGUUCGUUGCUACAAGACUAGGAGAGGUUUGCACGGUCGAGGCUCAGAUUACAAGCCAUGAAACAUCCGGGGGAUUGCAGAUUGAGAUUACACCGGCCGUUGUGAGCCCUUCAACCCAAAUUCGGGUGAGAGUAGUUCCCUGGAACAAAACGAUCCACUUGGGUGUCCCUUCGGACUCGAACUUGAGGUACAUUGCGGAUAUGGUCUACCGACUUGCAGGUAUCAAGAUUGAAAUCCAGAGGGUCUUCUAUCAAGGUCAAGAAAUGCUUCCCAGUGGGCAUCGUCCACCGAUUUGA